AAAAAAAAAAAACAAGGCAAAAGUGACGAGCUUGAUAAAGCUAGGACCAUUGCAUCAAAAGAGAGAAAUUGAAGCCAUUGAUCAUAUAUGCUCUUGUUCGCCUUUCACUUCUUUAGAGAGGUUUUGUUUACUUGCUUAGAUCGAUGUAGACCCUGCGUGCCUCAUGAAUUGUUUUCUGGAUAGUAGAAUAGCUUUAUCACUUGCCCUUUGCAAAACAAAUUUAAAAUGUAACCGUAGUUGCCCUUCAUUAAUCUAAUAAUCAGUCUUCACCAUCUCACUACUAUAUAUCUCAGCACUUCAUCUGAACUAAACCAUAUUCAGGUUUCUUCAGAAAAAAAAAUGGCAUACUCCUUUCACUCCCAAGCUUUCUUCUGCUCAAGCGUUCUAAUAUUCAAGAUUAUCAGUCUUCACCAGUCAGCCUUGGCUUGGAGUUGGGGACCUGAUGUUCCUCCUACACAGGGCUUUGUCUCCCUCCCUUUCAACCGAUCCUACUACCAUAUUCAGAAACCUUAUGAUGUGCCCGAAGACCAGCGCUACUGCUUCAUCGAUGGAGUUCAUAAAUGUUGGGUCUACUCCACAGACAAACCUCACACUACUACCAGCCAAACCCUGCCUCGCACUGAGAUUGCCAUACAAGGAUACAAUUACUCUUCUGGGGUGUGGGAGUUUGAAGCAUUUGGGUACGUCCCAAAAGGGACAUCAGGGGUGUGCAUAAUGCAAGUGUUUGGAGCAAGUGCUCCUUAUGCCACAACUCUGAUGCUGAGGGUCUACAAUGGUUCACUAACAUACUACAAGACUCCGGUGUUGGUUCCCAACAUCUACGAUAAGUGGUUCAAGCUCAAUGUGGUUCACGAUGUUGAUGCUGCAAAAGUCAGAGUGUACAUUGAUGGAUGUCUCAAAAUCGAAGCAGAUGGUCGUGGAGGAACCUCUCAUGCUUUCAAAUGUGGAGUGUAUGCCCAGAUGAAUGACUCUACUUACAUGGAGUCUCGCUGGAAAGACAUCAAAGUUUUAAGGAAGUGUUGACCUUGAUUUUCAUUAUAAGCUUGUUAGUUAAUUUGUUUGUCAUAAGAGAAAACCAAAACUGUUCAUUGUUAUUGUAUCUUUGUGAUUUGAGUUAAAUCUUUGUGAUUAAUUGGAAUGCAGUUAGAAACUUGG